ACUAAGUAUUGAAUAUGGAAGUGGCUGACGACGUCUUAAUUUUUUGAGAGAAAUUUCGCCCGUUUUUUAAUUACCUUUUAUUCCUCAAGAAAAUGACAACCAUAAGUUACUGUUUUGCUAUUGGCCGAAUCAAGAACAAAAGUUAUUACGUCCUUUCAAAUGUUUUCACUUAGUUAGGGAUCCGUUGGAAAGGGUUUCUGUUUCCUACAUACUGUGAGUGCGCGUGGGUAACGCGCAGAACUCGUUCUGCCGGCGCCAUCGCUAUGGCAAUGUUGGCACCAAACACAAAUCUGUAUAAUCGAUAGUGCCACGUACAUUUUCAUCCGUUCUGGGCGAAAAAUGUUUUCUCAAAACAUGUUAAUUCGUGAUGGAGAGUAUACAAAAACUAUUUACAGCAUGAUCAAAGAGGAGCGCUUCCUCGAGGCUAUCAACGUACUCAAUGGCAUUCCGGAAGUGUCUACAACACGCGCUGGUCUGUCCCUGCUGGGCCAUUGUUACUAUCAAACGCAGGACUUCAUCGAGGCGUCCAAUAGUUACGAGCAUCUGGUCAGCUUGGUCCCGGAUGUGCCCGAGUACAAGCUGUACUACGCUCAGUCGCUCUACCAGGCAGGACUUUUCGAGGAAUCUCAGAAAAUCAUCUCCACGUUGGAUGCUCCCCAUUUGAAGGAAAAAGUGCUGCAGCUUCAAUCGUGUAUUGCUUAUGGGAAUGAAGAUUAUUCAACUGCUCAAUCGCUGUUGCUGCAGCGCCAGGGAUGCGGUCAGGAAGUCGCUCUGAAAAACGACGAAGGGUGUUUGCUGUACCAGGCAAAUAUGUACGAGGAUGCGUUGCAGCGGUACGCAGCCGCUCUGCAAGCGGGUGGCUUCCAUCCACACACUGCCUACAACUCAGCGUUGUGUCAUUACCGCAAGAAGGAAAACUCCCAAGCGCUCAACUAUAUUGCAGAAAUUGUGGAACGUGGUAUCAGGAAUCAUCCCGAGCUGGGAGUGGGGGCUCAGGCGGAAACAGAGGGUGGAGCACGGAGCGUAGGAAAUCCUCCCGCGCUGGCAGCGUCCGGUUUGGCACAAGCGUUCAACUUGAAGGCAGCGAUCGAGUUUCAGGAGGGCAAUGCUGAGGGUGCCCGUGAAGCUCUAACCGAUCUACCACCUCGAUCGGAGCCAGAGUUGGAUCCGGUAACAUUGCACAACAUGGCCCUAACCGAUCCCAUCGGUGGAGGCGCCGGUCUUCGGAGGUUGGCCUUCCUUUUAGAGCUUGGUCCACCGGCUUGCCCACCGGAAACAUUCGCUAAUCUUCUUCUACUUUGCUGCAAACACGAAAUGUAUGACACCGCGGCUGACAUUCUCGCCGAACAUACCCAUCUCACCUACAAAUAUCUAUCGCCCUAUCUGUAUGACCUCCUGGAUGCUCUCAUAACCGCUCAGUCAACCCCGGAGGAAGCGGAACAGAAGCUGGGUGUCUUGGCAAACAACAUCGGUGGCAGACUGCGAUCUCUGGCUGCCAAAGUGCAGGAAUGUCGAUCGGCACCCGACCAAAAUGCGCUCCGAAUGGCGCUGCGUGAGUAUGAAUCCGCUCUGGAGAGCUAUCUCCCCGUGGCAAUGGCUCGAGCGUGGAUUCCAUGGCGUGUAGAUGAUUUUCAGGGAUCCGAGCGAGAGUUUCGAGCAAGCGCCGAAUUCUGCUCGGAAACUCCAAGCUGGCGCUUGCAUGCCGCUCAUGUGCUUUUUAUGCGUGGCGAUCGGUACAAAGAAUCCGCAGCUUUUUACGAACCGAUCGUAAGGCAAAAUUAUGACGAUAUUCUGGCAGUGUCCGCCUCGGUUCUGGCGAACCUCUGCGUGGCGUACAUAAUGACAUCACAAAACGAGGAGGCCGAAGAACUGAUGCGAAAAGUCGAACGAGCCGAGGAACGCAAGGGAAACGCAAAUGGACAGUGUUUGCACUUGUGCAUAGUUAAUUUGGUGAUCGGGACUUUGUACUGCGCCAAGGGGAACUAUGAAUUUGGACUGUCCAGGAUUGCUCAUGCUUUGGACGGAGGCUCCGGAGCGAGACUCUGUGCUGACACAUGGCUUCACGUUAAACGAUGUGUGCUCGGAUUGCUCACCGGAUUGGCCAAGCAGACGGUCGUCCUGCCAUCGAUAGCGAUUCAGGAGACGGUCAGUUUUUUGCGAGCUUGCGAGGCGUAUGGAAUAACCAUACCGUCAGUGCUCACGGGCCCGCUGGAGGAAACCGGUGAACAACCCCCGACAAUUGGCUUGGAAGCCCGCAAGCUGACUGCUCUUUUGAUGAAAUUAAUGGAAUACAAAUGAGAUCGCACGUGUUUUUUUGUAAUAUUUGAUUUAAGACACUUUAUCACAUGACAUUCGCGUCAUUUACUGAACGAGAAAAGAAAAGAAUAAAAAUACAAUCAAAACUUAGAGACUAAAUUUCUUUGAACACAUUUGCAUCUCUUAAAAUUUUGAUUACCGCUACUUCUUGCCUGCUGGUG